AAGUAAAAAAUGGAUAAGAGAUGGAGUCUUCAAGGGAUGACUGCUCUUGUAACUGGUGGAGCCAGCGGAAUUGGGCAUGCCAUAGUAGAGGAGCUAGCCGGUUUUGGAGCUAGAAUCCAUGUAUGCGACAUAUCUGAAACACUGCUCAAUCAAAGUUCAAGUGAAUGGGAAAAGAAAGGGUUUCAAGUUAGUGGUUCAAUCUGUGAUGUAUCUUCUCGUCCCGAGAGAGAAACACUUAUGCAAGCCGUCUCAACGAUGUUCGAUGGCAAACUCAACUUUCUUGUGAACAACGUUGGCGGACUUCGGACAAAGCCAACAACAGAAUAUCUAGCUGACGAUUUCUCGUUCCAUAUUUCAACAAACUUAGAACCUGCUUAUCAUCUUAGCCAACUUUCACAUCCUCUCCUAAAAGCUUCUGGAUUUGGAAGCAUUGUCUUUAUUUCUUCUGUUGGAGGGGUUGUAUCGAUGGAAGGUGGCUCUAUCUAUUGUUUAACCAAAGGAGCUAUAAAUCAACUAGCACGAAAUUUGGCGUGUGAAUGGGCACGAGACGACAUAAGAGCCAACGCUGUUGCUCCCAAUUUUAUCCAUACUGCUAUGGCUCAACCUGUAGAGUGACAAACUCUACAGAUUUUUUUUCUUUAUUUCCUCAAAUUAUCUCAUGCACUCCUUCUCAUCAUUCUUUUAUCUUUUUUUUGCUCUCUCUUUUGAAAAAAAAAAUCAGCUUCUCGGAGAUGCCGGCUACAAGAAGAGUUUGUUUAGUAGAACUCCACUUGGUCGCGCUGGAGAGCCAAGAGAGGUUGCAGCCCUUGUGGCUUUUCUGUGUCUACCUGCAGCUUCAUAUAUUACUGGUCAAACCAUUUGUGUUGAUGGAGGUCUCACUGUCAAUGGUUUGUCCUAUCAGCAACCGGCUUGAGCCGAGACUUGUGUUUGUGUGUCAAUUCAUCAAAUAGUUUUAUGUCCUUUGUUAACUAAAGAUCAAACUUUAAUAAUAUUAUGCAAAGAAAAGAAGAGAAAUAAAUUUGAAUGUAAAUUUAUAU